GUCCUUAGCAGUAGUUUAUUACUAUUGGCAUUACAAUGGCCUCACUGGAAUCAUGCACAAACAAUAUGGUUAUAAUGGUAAGGUGUCUGGUGUUCACCCACAUAGACAAACAGAGGAUUCCUUCAGAAGACCUUUUCAACUCAGUUGUCUCUGGAAUGUUUGCACUUGGAGCCAUUCCUGGAUCCAUACUGGCAACUCCAAUAAUGAAGAAAGGCAGAAGACUCACUCUCAUCAUGGCAAGCCUCAUCACUGUGUUGGGCUCAACCCUCGUGAUAAUUUUCAAUAUUUGGAGCCUCUUCUUCGGACGAUUCGAGAUGGGAGUUGCUGUUGGAAACUAUUAUUCUGUGUGUCCGCUUUACAUCUCGGAGAUGAGUUUUCCGUCAAUUUCAGGAAGCCUCGGGAGUCUGAACCAGAUGAGUCUUUCCACUGGACUUCGGAUAUCGUUUGGAUUAGCAUACAUUUUACCUUAUUCACAUGAGCCAGAAACACUAACAACUGGGUUGUGGAAAGUAGUAGUUACUUGAAUUCUAAUUAUUUUUGAUUUUUUCAAAAUUUGUGUUGUACACACUCAAAUCCUAUUUGAGACAUUUCAUACUAUAAAAAAACCACAUAGUAUAUAAAAUUGAGCUCUAAUUCAGCUAAUUCUUGUAUAAAAUUUUUAACUUGAAAAAUUUGGAACAUUUCAUUGCUAAACUAAUACAGACUAAGAAGAUUUCACCAAUAAUAACAAAUUAAUCUCACAAUAAGGCUAAUCCACAAAAAUUUCCCCAAUACAAUCAUGAGGCAAAGAAUAAAAAGUCAAUGGAGCAUUAUCUUUCACAAAAUCCUGC